UUAUCUACCUUCGUCGUAGAAGGGAGAAGUCCCCUAAGUGCGGAAGACAACUGCUCAAGAUGGAACCCGAACCCCCCCUACGGGGAGGGAUCGAUCCGGAUGCAAGAAGCCAAGUACCAGGAGAUUACCGUCUGGAAGAGGAGCGAAUUCUGGAGAUGGUCAGAGCAUGUUAUGAGGAAGGUAUAGUUCCGACUGAUAUCGAUCCUGGGGUCAUGGAAGUCAAUGGAAGGGAAGUGAAAUUUAUUCUAAACAAUUCGGUGGAUGAAGUUGAAGUUAAAUGGCUCAAAGGAAGGACUGUCACGGUAAUUUUCCGGGACGGUGCCAGGUUUCUACCAAAAAGAGUGAAGGAAGAUGCCAUCUGUGCAUAUGAAGAUGGUUGGAUCAGCGACGAGAUUUUUGGUCAGGAGUUCAAGCGAGGUCAUAUAAAAGUGGAAAGCCCCAAUGUGGUGUCAUACAUUCCGAGAACUCAAGAAGUUACCAAUUGGAUGCUCGCCAAGAGAACGGACUUUGUGGAGUUGGCGGGAGGGACCUAUCGAACAGAUUUCAAGCCUUGGAUGACUCGUGCAGAGGUUAGUGAUUGGAGAAAGACAGUUGAUGAAGACACGUUUUGGGUGGUGGCAAUGGGACUCCCACUUGACGAGAUGGUGUUUAUACACGUGCAUGUGGAGAGAGCUAUCGGCAAGAUUUUGAAAUGUCAUCUUCCCGAAGCGGACGAAACGGAUCCGAAGCUGGUGAAUCUUCGUUUCGAUAUCGACCCGGCUAAGAGGGACUGCAUGAAAGACAAAAUUUGGGUUCAAACACAUCAGGGGGAUACGCUGGACGUAAGAUUGGCGAAAGCCGAUACAGAGUGGUGUAGAAGAUGCUGUAAUUUCUUCCACGCCGAGGACACAUGUAGAAGGCCGGGUCGCAGAACCUAGGGCAGAACCUUCGGCAAUCAGCCGCAAGGGUCAACUUCAAAUGGUCGGGCUGGAGGCGCAAGAACUCAGUAUCAGGGCCCUCUCGCUCCAACUGGAGGAGGGACUCAACAACAGCAACAGAGGGUGGCUGCUAUGAUCGCGAAUUCGGUUAACUUGAACGCUCCGGGAGGAGCUACGGUAUGUAACAAUCCAAGGUUUUCACCGGCGGGUAUUCCUUCGCAACAAACCAUCGGCAACCCCCAGACCUCUCAAGCGAGCGCAAUGAAUUCGACCUUGCAAG